UUGAACGUAUUGCCACGUUCUUUUUAGUUACGUCAAAAUACAUAAAGUAAAGGACAAAAUAGUUAAGUUCAAUAAACAAAGAUGACUUUAUCAUGAAGUGAUUGGUUGACUGGUUUAUAUUAAAAAAUGCAAAGACGAAGGGGUCGUGAUGCUAUGGACAAUCUUGAACUUGGUAAUCAAAUAAAUUUUUCAGGAUCGAUUCCAAUGAGGAAAUUAACCAGAAUGAAAAUUGUAAAAUACUUAAUUUUGAUUUUAGUAGCAGUACUUAUUCACACAACUUACAGACUCUUUUGGAAGAGUAAUGAUAAUGUUAUAGAUGAUGUACCACAAAGCAUACCAACAAUAAAAGAUAAUCAAGAUAAAAAAGUAGAUGAAGAAAUUGAUUCUUUCAAAGCUAGAUCGGGAAACAAUGACGAUUUAUAUAAGGAUUCGUUGAUGGAGGAAAAACAAAAACUAUCUCGAUUGAAAGAAAAAAGGAAAAGAUAUGAAAGUUUUAAAAAAUCAAUAGACAAAGCUAAAAAUGAAAUUCAUAUUGAACAAGCCGUUGAUACCAACGACAUUAUGGAUUUGGACCAAUCAGACCAGUCCAAAUAUGAGAUUAAACAAGAAAACAAAGAUCGUAUAAAACAAGAAACUGAAUACGAUAUUAAACAAGAAAAGAAAGACGACAUGAGACAAGUUAAUAAAGACGAUAUAAGACGAGAAAAUAAAGACGAUAUUAUACACUUAGAACAAUUAGAAAUUGUUGAAGAUAAACAACAAGAGGCCAAAGCAUUAGAACGGGAACACAAUAUCGAAAGCAAAAUAGCAGAAAUUUUAGAUGAAGUAAAAAUAGUGUCAGAGGAAAAGACAGAGGACGAAAUGAAGGUAGAUCUCGUCGCACUGAAGAGGGAAGAGGAAGAGUUGAAAAAAGCAGAGAAAUUCAUAGACGACAAACCAGUCGUAAUACCAUCAGCAAACCCAGUUUUCUUAGAGAAGGCAAAUAAAGUCGUCGAAAAAAUGGAAGUGGAAAUUAAAGGUUCUAUAGAUACACACGAGGAGCAUGGCAUCCCAGAAAUAGUCACUGCAGCAAAUAGCAAAGAUUUCGAAGCAGUAAAACAGUUGGUCGUAUCUCUCCAGAAGUUCUAUCCAGAUAAGAAAAUUUAUAUUUUUGACCUUGACCUUACAGAUAGACAGAGAAGACAUUUGAUGGCAGCAUGCAAUGUGAGAAUACGAGAGUUUUGGUCAAAUUUGUUCCCUGACUUCGUUUCCGUUUGGAAUCAUUAUCACUGGAAGCCACUUAUUAUUCAGACUGCUUUGGCGGAGUUUGGUCAUAUAAUGUGGAUAAAUCCUGGUUUCGUCGCAAUUUCUCCUGCUAUAAUGGAUGUUUUUAGAACAUCGGCCGAUCUUCAAGUGAGAGUUCUUGGCCAAAAUGCGCCACACACAACACACGCCGUAACUCAUCGUCAGAUGUACAAAUACUUACCAACAGAUAGAAAGAAAUUGUAUCACACGCCACAUAUGGAAAUAUUUGCCUUAAUUCUGCAUAAUUCUGACAAUGUCAUUAAUAAAUUUAUGAAAUUACUGGUUGCCUGUGCGAUGGAACCAAAGUGUUUAGCUCCACAAUCAGCCAAAUGGAAAUGUGAUUUCGAUUUUUCAGGAAAAGAGUAUGCAGAUUGUCAUAGAUAUGAUGAAUCUGCUAUGAAUAUUCUCCUUAAAAACUGGUUUGAAUUUGACAACUCGAAAAUAUUAAAAUCUGGGACCAUCUUUAGACCAUUUGACCGGGAUGAUAGAAUGCAUUUGAAAAUGUGUAGGGACGAACAUGAUAUGAAAUAGAUUUAGGAUCAAAACAUUUAGCCGAGCAGUUCUACUUAAAUCACUCUUCAGUUGCUGUUUAUACAUUAUAGACAAUCGUUAUGUUUGAGUAAUGUUAGUAUAGGAAUAACAUGAUAUUUCUGUAAUAUAAACUGUCUGAACAACUGUUUACAUGUACAUAUAUGUAUGCAGACCAAUAUUUACUUUGAACGUUUAAAGUACUAUACUACUAUUCGAAGAUAUAGUUGACAUAGUGGUAAAACAUUUUGAUAUUUUCUCCGUGAGAAAAAAAAACACUGUAGAAGAAUUCAACAACCGUUCAGUGGGUUCAGCUAUACACAGUGUGCAAAAUCUUUCAUUUCUUAGCAAAGAGUGACAAAUCCGUCUGUAAAAUGACAGACCUAUUUUCUGCAUUUUAAAAGAGAAAAAAAACAAUCUCAAAGGUCCCUAGUAGUGUGUAUACUAUUGCAGCAAUAGAGUUUUUUUUCAAAUAUCUUGUCCUCUACCACUUGCAAGGGACAAAAGCUACACCUUAUCAAAACUUUGUGUUUGCGAUCACGAGAAUAUCGAUUAUUCCAACAUGGAAUUGGAACUAUACUGGUUGUUUUCAGGAUGCAAAUGAUAUACAUAUCGUUUUUAUACAGGACUAUGUGUUUACUUGAUUUUUGUAUGCCUCAUAUCAACAUAUUAUUUUGUAAUUGUCCGCUACUUGUUCAGUUCUUGCUGUAAUAUACAACGUUGACGCUUCUGUACUACAACUACAUAGUCUAUAACAUUCACAAUAGCAAAUAACAAGUCAAUGGCGGAUUCAACGGCAAUAGGGUGUUAAUCAACAGCAAUUUGACAAAUUGAAGAUUUUGUAUCUGAUUAAAAGUCCAAGUAAAAAAUACAA